GGAGUGCGCAGUACAGGAGCGCGAGCGCGCGCGUGUGGCUGUGCCGGCGGUCGGGAGCGCGCCUUUCUCCAUCGCUGAUCUGCCCCAGGUCUCCGGGCGACGGUUGGCCGGCGGUGAAGCCAUGAGCUCGGAGCGGUCAGCGCCGGCCGGUUCGCCCGCUCCCCCGUGCUCGGAGCCCGAAGCCGGGGCGGCUGAUUACCGGGACUGGGUGAGGCGCAGUUACCUGGAGCUGGUCUCCUCGAACCACCACUCGGUGCAGGCUCUCUCCUGGAGAAAACUCUACCUCAGCCGGGCCAAGCUCAAAGCAUCGAGCCGCACAUCCGCUCUCCUGUCGGGUUUCGCCAUGGUUGCCAUGGUUGAAGUGCAGCUGGAAAUGCAAUACAACUAUCCCAAGUUUCUGCUCAUUGCUUUCAGUGCCUGCACAACUGUGCUGGUUGCUGUUCACCUCUUUGCCCUUCUGAUCAGCACUUGCAUCCUCCCUAAUGUAGAAGCGGUCAGCAACAUUCAUAAUCUCAACUCUGUCAACGAGUCGCCCCAUGAGCGCAUGCACUACUACAUCGAGCUAGCUUGGGGUUUCUCAACUGCGCUGGGCAUUUUACUGUUUCUCACAGAGGUGGUACUGCUUUGCUGGAUCAAGUUUCUACCAGUAGACAAAGCUGUGACAAAUGACAAAGAGACUGGUCCAGUCCAGGCAGGCAAUGGGCACACUGGGUGGAAUGCAGCUUUGGCAUCCACUAUUAUUAUGGUACCUGUGGGCCUUAUUUUUGUGAUUUUCACAAUACACUUCUACCGUUCACUGGUAGGGCACAAAACAGAGCGUCACAAUCAAGAGAUUGAAGAGCUGCAUAAACUGAAAGUGCAACUGGAUGGUCAUGACCGGGUCCUGCAAAUGGUUUGAAGCAGUUAAAAAUGGCAAAAAUAAAAGAUUUAAUUCCUCGACUAUCCUGGGAUCUGGGCUUGUACAGAACCUCUCAUUGCAAGUGCCACGUGGGUGCGUGUUUAUUCAGGAAUUCGGGUUUACAGCUAUGGCUUUUAGUUGUCUUUGUGGUUGCAGCACUUGCUGCAUUGUCCAAUGAAAAAAUAUACCAAGGCUCGUGCAACUUUCUCACUGUCACCAAAUUGAGAUGUAAAACUGGAAUUCUGAGGCUAUCUAAAAAUGCUUCAGAUUACGUGGAUUCUACACCAACUGUUGAUGAACUGUGAUUUGAACUAAAAGGACCCUGAUUUUUUUUUUGGAAAAAGCAUAAUUCCUUACAGGCCAAAAAACAGCUGUCACUCCAGAUUGAAACGGAUCAUGAGAUGUGGUUCAAUGCACAGUUUUCCCCAAUGCACAUAUGUUUUUUAACAGUACAAGAGUGAAUGCAGGUCCGGAAUUUGGUGUACAUGGAGAGUGAUGGAUUGGAAAAACAAGGAAAACUGAAUGGAGGAUCCAGAAAUGUGCUUAUUGAAUGGUGUUUGGCCUGUUUGUCAAACAUGAAAACUUGUCACAGUAGAAUCUUCCCCUCCCUAUCCCAUACCAAAAUUGCUAUUAACAGUUUUUAUAAAUAUGAAAACAAAACCAGCUUUCUUUUUUUCCCAGGUUCUUGCAGGUGUAAAUGAUAUCCAAUGCUGCUCCCAACUGGUCAGAAGAGUAUUAUAAUGAAGUAGGACUGCCACUUGAUUUCUGCUUUGCAGCAUUACUGCUUUGGGCUAAUACUAUCAGGAGCUCGCUGGACUGUGGGCGCAGCCAAUGCCCCUUUAUUCCGUGGCAAGGUGCACUAAUGUUGCAUUGUGAUGCGCCACAGUGCCUCCGUAUUAUUAACAAUGAGUUAUUCAAAUCCUGAGAUGAAUCAGCUUUAAUGUGAUGCCCCAGAUAAUGAUGUAUAUAUGAUGUAUAUGUAUAAUGAUGUUCAGGGUAUUGAAUUGUUCUGAUCUCAACAGGCAAUGUCACCACUGAUUGGAUUGAAAUGGAGACCUGUCAUCUGUUGAACUUCUUGAAGUAAACAGGGAUUGCUCAUGGCAAAAAGGGGAAAUAUUUUCUGAUGUAAAUUUAAGUCCAGCUUUGAGCUAUUUGGACACUACUUACUUAACUUGUAAUCAUGGUACCGUCCAGCACUGGGGAGCCUGGCCCUUUGCUUUACUCAGCUAAAGAUUCUCAAGACUAUGUUUUAAUGUAUCUUAAUAUCAGAGGAGCCAAUUGUCACUAGCUAAAUUUGUUAAAUAUUAGAUAUCACUUGAAUUAUCAGUUACAAGAGUAGAGGUGACAUUUUCUUGUAUGAGGUUUGGAGCAAAUCUGGAGUAUUUAGAAGCUGAGCCAGUUUGAAUUACGAAUAUUGAAAUAAAUCCAAAUGUGCCCAUUUCAUACCCUGUCUGUAUCACCUGCCUUUCUUGGAGGGUUUGAGCUGAUUAUGAAAGUUGGAGGCACUUUAUUGUUGAGUCUGACAGGGGCUAAAUAUCCUCUUCCUGUGCCCUAAUGAAACUGUUAUUGAUUUGUGCUAAGUGUUCUUUUUGAAGUGAUCCAGCAUUUAGUCUUAAAGUGUUUAACUCCUGAUGAAUAAUCCCUUUUGGAAGGGAGAGGUUUGGAUAGUGAGAGCGAUGUUUAUCUGAGAUUUUUAGGAGGAAAUUUUGGCUGUUGCAUCCAUACUCCUCAGUCAGGGCUCAGGGGAAUAUGGAAAUCGGUCAAUUUGACUGUACACAUUGCAAAAUGGAAAUUUUGAGGGCUAUGAAUUCAGCCCUGUUGCACACAUCAAAUGAGACCAAUUGUUGCAUGUUUGCUAUUUUGAUGUUUACUUGUACAGCUUUUACGUGCUUAUCUACAAUUGUGGCCUUUUUACUGAAACCAGUAUCCUUCAACUGCUUUGAUAUGUAACUACUUGUUUUUUUUAGUAAAUGCAUUAUUGUAGUCUGAUUUGUUCCGUGGAUCAGGCAGCAUGUAAUCAUUCUUAAGCUUUCUGUGUACGAUAUAUUGCUAACUUUAUGUUUCAUAUGUGAACACCUAAUUGUCUUAACCUUUUGAGGUCAAAAACUACUGUGACUUGGGUUGGAGAGCACUGUAGUGUGCCCUGUGCAUCAUUGUAAAGCUUAUAGUUACAGUAGCUUGCAAGACAAGUACAGUUGGUAUCCUGCUUCCUUCAAUUUUAUAAACUGAAUUCUUGGACAAAAAAAAUUGCCUUUUUUAAAACAAAUUUUCUCUUGUACUUUAAUUACUAUUUUCUUCUAGCAAACCUUGUGUGUAUACUUUGUAUGUGGUACCAUUAUUGUUUUGCUAUCUUGAGGAUUUGUCCUGUAGCUGUUGGAGAAAUAAAAGUUACAUUUAAAACAA